AUGCCAACAAGUCAACAGCAACAACAACAGCAACAACAACAGCAACAACAACAGCAGCACCAGCAACAACAGCAGACUCAGGUCGAACAACAACGCCAGCAACAACGUCAGCAACAACUCAAAUUACAACAAAUACAGCAGCACCAGCAACAACACUUUUGCGAUCAUUUUGAUUUUUCUAGACGUGUGAUUAAACCAUUAUCGUCGCUUCUGCAUAACAAUCAUCAUCAGCAAGUUAAAGAGAGCCAACAACCACAAACAGCCCCUGCAUUCUAUAAUGCCUAUCUACAACCAAAUGCGCAAUUUAUUGGAGAACAACAAUCUGGCAAGUCAAGGUUUAGAAUAAAAGUUGAAUUCAAAACCGUUGAUUUAAAGAAUUCAUUAGUUACCGGUUUCUUGCAAAUCAAUGGGUUGACUAAAGAUCACGAGGAGAUAAUUACUUACUUUAGAGGGGAGAUUAUUAAUAAUCCUCUUUUCACUCAGCAACAGCAACAAUCUUCCUCAUCUCGUUUUGGAUUGCACCCUCUAUAUGAUGAUGAAUACAAAAGAUAUUCAUUUAUUGCUGAGAACAAGAGUUGGGGUUCAUCUCCCGAAAAUGACUUAGACCAUUGGCAAAGACUCACUAAAUCCCCAGCUAUUCCAGCGUUGCCAACGUUCCCAACAGCCGCAUAUGCAACAUGUCCAUAUUAUUCUUCUUCUUCUGCCGCUGGUGCUGGUGCUGGUGCUGGUGCUGGUGCUACUGCUUGUCCCCACUCAUCGUCACGUUUAAUGAGUCUUGAUCAAUAUAAUGAAUUUACGAACAAAUUGGGUAAAAUCUACCAGGGCAAAGAGAGUAGUGAUGACGAUCAACAUCAAUAUAUAUACAUGAGAUGGAAGGAGGAGUUUUUAUUACCCGACUCACGAGUAAAACAAAUACCCAAUGCUUCAUUUGAAGGAUUCUAUUAUAUUGUUUUGAAUAUUGGCAAUAAUCAAAGCCUUGAACAAGAUAUAAUAGAUAUGGAUAUAGAGAUGGAUAAAAUUGGAGAUAAACCAAUCUCCAGCAAUAGGAACAAUCCAAGCGGUGGUGCCAGUGGUACAGCUACAGCUGCUUAUGGAUCUAGACCGGGUGAUAUUAAUGGGUUGUAUUAUCAUGUGUCAUCGGAAAAGUUUCAAUCUUUGUCAUUGAGCCAUGUUGAUGAUCGUGGGGUUUCUAGCACAUUUGACUUUAAUUGA